UCAAUGGUGGUGGAGCACACUGAGGGAAAGAUAUGAGGGACUGUUUGAUCAUGGAUGACCACCUCGUAAGGAAGACACAGAACAUGCUAUGCCUUUCCUUCAUCAUUUUCCUAGGAGAGCUAUCAGGGGGAAGAACAGUGAGUUUUUCUGGCUUACCUGGUACUGGGAACGUUUCAGAAAAUGCUCCACGUGGUACUGUGGUAUAUACUUUCACAGUCAAUUUAACACCUAAUAUUUCAGUUCAGACAGACUAUCCUACCAUCAUAAACUCAAACCCAAUUACAAAAGCUUUCGCAAUUAACUCUGAUCCUUCACUUUUGUAUAAGGUUGUUACAACUGGAGACCUCAACCUAGAUUAUGAAACCAUGCCCCCUCGAUUUGAAUUGCAGAUCCUCGUUUAUGACACAGCUGGAGCAAAAGACCUACAAAUCCUCACUGUUCAACUGCUUGAUGAAAAUGAACCUCCAGUGUUUCAAGGCAAUAUAGCAACUCAAACUGUUGAGGUCUACAUUUUGGAAAGCACACCAAGUAGACUUAUUUAUGAGGUUAAUGUAAAUGACCCUGAAAUAGCAACAUCUACAGAAAUCAUGUAUUCAUUGACUCCCGAAUCACUGCCAUUCAAUAUUUCUACCACUGGAACCAUUUACUCUUUGAAGGAAUUUGAUUAUGAGAAAGAUCCACACAGCUAUAUAUUAAACAUCACAGCAAGGGACUCCCUUGGCCUGAGUACCAGUAGGAUUGUGAUAGUCAGUAUCAUAAACACCAAUGAUGAACGACCUUACUUUACCAUGGAAAAAAGAGUUUUCAGCAUUCCAGAAGAAAGUACACCAGGAUAUGUUGUUGUUGCCAAUAUAACCGUUGAGGAUCCAGAUGGUGAAGGCUUUAUUCAUAGCCGUCGCUUCAGCAUUAAUAACCCUAAAGCCUUCCCAAAUUUUGCCAUUGAUCCAGUAUACGGUACAGUUUUAGUGGCAAAACGGAUAGAUUGUGAUGCUUCUCCCUUCAAAGAAGAACGCAACAUUUCUUUGAUUCUUCGUGUUGUGGAUAGCCCUAGUGGCACACAAAGUGAUACAACAGAAAUAAUUAUAACUAUUGAAGAUGUGAAUGACAACCCACCAGAAUGUAAUCUAUAUAAUUACAGAUUGGUGAUUGCUGAAACAGCACCCCCUGGAUCAGUAGUUCUGAAUUUGAAAAAUUCCUGUCACGAUAUUGAUGCUGAGUCACCAAAUAACUUGUUUAAUUUCACGGAAUUAUCCGGAGUUGGAAGCAGUAAAUUCUCACAGGACCCGCCUGGCUCUGGAGAAAUCAAGUUGACAGGAACUGUGGAUCUUGAAAAUGGAACUCUGGAAGAAUAUACUCUGAAUAUUGUGGUGCAGGAUAUUGUCCCACCUUACUAUGCUAAGAAUAUCUACAUCUAUGUCAAAAUACAACCAGUCAAUGAGUUUGACCCAGUCUUCAGUAGCCCUUCUUAUGUAUUCAACGUGUCAGAAACAACAGCUAGUGGAUCCAGCAUUGGAAACGUGUAUGCUACUGACAAAGAUAUACCAUUCACAGGAAUAACGUAUUCAAUUCUGGCAGGAGGAGGAACCAAUGACAUCACAGAAAUAUUUUGGAUUGAUCCUGCCAAGGGCAGUGUGAACAUUGUAGCUAAAUUAGACUACGACAAAACAGAAACGCCAAUGUAUUUCACAGUCCAGGCUUCUGACAAUGAACACAAGACUGCUAUAGCAUCAGUAACUGUGAAUGUUCUUGCAGCAAAUGAUGAACCACCGAUUUGUUUACCCAAUUCAUAUUUGCUGGAGGUUCCAGUGGACCAAACAGCUGGCACAAACAUUGCAGAUUUUGCGAUUAGGUGUACUGAUUUGGAUUCCAGCCCCAGAUCAUUCCUUUAUUCUAUUAACUCAGGGAACAUCAACAACCAUUUCACCUUUUCACCAAGUGCUGGUUCUAAUGUCUCACGGCUGCUACUUGCAUCCCCCUUUGACUAUGAGGGAGGCCUGGACCAGAUUUGGGAGUACAGACUGUUAAUAUUUGUAACAGAUAAUAAUUUACCAACUACCAACAUUCAAACUGGCACCGUAACCCUCACCAUCAAAGUCAUUCCAAACCCAACCACUGUGGUCCCCACAACACCUGGCAUUACGCUUGUGACCAGCAGAGAAAAUGUGUAUUCUGCAUUGGCUUGGUACGUGCCCUUCAUCAUUUCCCUUGGUGGCCUGUUGCUCCUUGGACUUCUUGGGUAUCUCCUCUAUUUUCUAGCAAAAUACGUACGCACCCACUGUCCACCAAAGCCGAAAGCUGACAAAAAGCCUCUGAUCAAAAAAAUAGAAAAGAAGAAACCUAAGAAAGAAGUUGUAUGGGAGAUGACCAAUAUAAACACUGUGUUUGAUGGGGAAGCAAGAGAUCCAGUCACCGGCAAAUGGUAUGAAUAUAAUUCCAAGUCUGGGGCUCGAAGGUGGAAAGAUAAAAAUAUGCCUUCCAACUUGGAAGCAAAGGCACCAGUUGCACAGGUAGCCGCACUGGAGAAAACAUCAGACAGCAGUCAAGGAAAUCUAAACAGAACAGAAGGCAAGACCAGUGGUGGAAAACUGGGAGACCCAAACCAGAAGAUACCGAAGCCCUUAGAAAAGAAGACUGAUCAAAAUAGCAAUCAGCAGAAACCAAAAGAAGGGUCUUUGGGUCUUUGAGUAAGUGAUCUUCUCCCAAAGUAUAUCCUGAAUACCAAAAUCAAUCUUAAGAAGAAAACCAGUGCAUCCAUGAGUUAGAAAAGGCUGCUACUUGGGAUUGUGAGAUUAUAAAGAUACAGGAUGCUGUUGGAAAAAAAACAGGCUUUAGUAUAUAACAGUUCUAAUUAAGACAGCAUAUUUCAAGCACAAGCCACCUCUAAGGCUUCUAAAAUGCAACAGAUUCAUGAGCAACUUUCUGAACAGCUCAGGACUCAGAACCCUUGAGGAUUAGGUCCCAAAUGGCAGCAGGAAUGUUGAACAUUAAUUUCUUGUGGGAAAACAAGCAAUACACUUUUGAAAAUGAUUACCCUGUAUCUUUAAUGCAUGGGACCGUUUUAGGUACGUUACAAUGCCAAACUGUGACCAGAGCAACGCUGAAG